AUGACUUCGCGGCGCCUUAGUACCGGCUCUGACGGGAUUUCAAGUCUGGGAAUCGGUGGGGUCGUCGCAGCUGCGCUGGUGAGGGUGGUGCAGGGUGUCACAGUCGGGCCACGAUAUGUGAUCGCCAAGGUAACCAAACUCCUUUUAUUACUCCAUCUCACGUACUUGGUGUAUUACAGAGCCUUCGAUUAUACUAACGAGAACCACCAGGGCGGCAUAACCUCCUCCGACGCAGCAACACAAGGCCUAAAUAUGAAGCGAGCCAUGAUCCUCGGCCAAGCAGCGCUGGGUGUCCCGAUGUGGAGGUGCGACGAGGAGACGUAG